UGGAAAGCCUGGCCAAUCAUAAAGUCGCAGAUUUCAAAUAUACGCCCGCUAAUUCCAUUACUCAAACUCUUCUUCUUGUUUGUUCUUUUCAGCUGCAACUUACUCACCUGCUACAACUCAAUCCAGUUCUACUGCUACAUCUCCUUUCAUAAAAUCCAAAACUAGGGUUAGGGUUUUCAUUUUCGGUACUAGACGGUCAUGGAGGCCGCAGUGAUCGAUGCCGGCUCAAUGCUCCUCAAGGCCGGUUUCGCAGUUCCCGAUCAACCUCCUGCAUUGAUAAUUCCCACACAGAUGAAGCGAAUGCUUGAUGAUGGGUCAGGAAAUGAUAAUCCAGCAGUAGAUGACUUUGCGGUUGAUCCGGUGGUGAGAGGUUUUGUAAGUGAUUGGGAUGCCAUGGAGGAUUUGUUGCAUUAUGUAUUGUACACUGGGCUUGGAUGGGAAAUGGGAAAUGAAGGCCAGAUACUAUUUACAGAUCCACUUUGUACCCCAAAGGCUAACAAAGAACAGUUAGUGCAACUAAUGUUUGAAACAUUCAACAUAUCAGGGUUUUAUGCAUCGGAACAGGCAGUGUUGUCGCUAUAUGCUGUGGGACGUAUCUCUGGAUGCACAGUUGAUAUUGGUCAUGGAAAAAUAGAUAUUGCACCAGUAAUUGAAGGUGCUGUUAACCACAUUGCCUCAAGAAGAUUUGAGUUUGGAGGUACUGAUCUAACCAAUUUCCUGGCACAAGAACUUGGCAAAUCCAAUCCACUAGUCAAUAUCAGCUUGUCUGAUGUUGAGAAAAUAAAACAACAAUACUCGUGUUGUGCUGAAGAUGAAUUAGCUUAUCAGAAGACCCGGAAUUCUUGCCCUGAGGAGAAACAUACCCUUCCUGAUGGACAGGUGAUAACAAUUGGAAGAGAAAGAUAUACUGUUGGUGAAGCUUUAUUCCAGCCAUGUCUAUUGGGUUUGGAGGCUCAUGGCAUUGUUGACCAGCUUGUUCGAACUAUUUCAACUGUGUCAUCUGAUAAUCAUCGGCAACUCCUGGAAAAUACUGUGGUCUGUGGUGGCACUUCUUCUAUGACUGGUGGUACCCCCCUCUUUCCUUCCACAGCGAGAGCUCGGCUACCCGACAGAUCCAAACCCAGCACGACCGUGGUUGAAGCGUUAUCACCCCCUCAAAUAACCACUAGACCUGUCCGGCAACCGACAACCGAACAUUGGCGCUGUCUGUGGGGAUUGCCUAGAUGGACGUUGUGCCGGGCCCGGAGACCAAGGCCGAGGAGCCGGAGCGGAAGGGGCGGCCUCCGUCGCCUCACUAAGAGGACGGCGAAGGUCCCCCCGACAACACACCGAACCGCACACGAGGAUGCGACCCUUCGGGGGAACGGGCGGCGACAGCGCCAUAAUAAUGCAGGAGCUACGUCACAGGGUCCAGAACCUGGAGCGGCAACUGGCCGACCAGGAGCGCGACGGACGAACCACCGAUCCCAGCUACACCCCAUCCCCUGA